GGUUUUAGCCCUCAGUUGCUGGCCUCACACCCCUCGUUACAGUCACAGCCUCAUACACUCAACCUACACUCGCUUAUUCCCACCUGUCUGUGGUCACAGAGGGUCAAGCCUCAGCUCCUGGCCCCCACCUCUUUGCUGUGUCAUUUAUUACCGUAUAUUCCGUGAUUUAAAUACGAUUAUAACUGAAUAGGAAAAGAGGGGGAGUGAACAACAGUCAAGUGUUCACGAAAUAAGUCAGUUCAGUAUGUCUGUAGAAUAACAAUGAAGCCAAGACUAUUCUUACUAAAUCUGCUUCUCAUCACUGGUGUGUUGGUGAGGGCAGCUGAGGGAACCAGUUGCGGACAGGAUGAAUAUCAGUGUCCUGUCAGCCUUGAGUGUAUCAACAAGGACUGGUUAUGUGAUGAGUUUCCCGACUGUGAUGACAAGACUGAUGAACCACCUCAUCAAGACUGCUCGGGGGACACUGGCGGAGAUGCCGACGAGAACGAGAGUGCCGAUACGUCAGGUGGGGUAGUGCCGCAGGGCCAGGACAGUGCCAACCAGCCAUCUGGUGUCGACCCAAGCGCCGACGGGAGCCAAGAAACUCUGCAGGAGCCUCCAGAACGAUGUUCCCUCAGGAAAUGCCAGCCUGGGAAAAAGAUGAGAUUGGUGGAUGGAAGGACGUACAGAUAUCACUACGUGACGAAGAGUAUGACCCAGGCAUCUGGUUCCUCGCCCUCCAACACAGUCCUCACCAUGGAUGCUGACUUAGCUCUCACCCUCCUCACUGCCUGCGAGAUGGAACUGGUGGUGGAGAGUGUGAGUGUUGAGACCAGCAGAAGUGACAGUGGAGGAGAGCAGGAGACCGUCCAGGACACUGCUUUCACUGCUGCCCUUACGAAAAAUCCGUUAAGAUUCGCCUACCAUGACGGGGAGGUUGAAGAAGUGUGUCCCGCUGCUGACGAAGACCCCAGAGCUCUGAACUUCAAGCGUGCUGUGAUAUCACUCCUACAGAACACCAUGAAGCGCCUGGACCUUGACCACCAGGCUACAGAGAGAGAUAUUGUGGGUGAGUGUCAGGUGGAUUACGAGGUCCUGGGAGCUUCAGGCACGACUCUUGUCAUUCAGAAGACUCGCCACAUUCCCUCCUGCAUCUCCCGCUCCUCUUCCACUUCCUUCGUCCAGGGUGUUCCCUAUGCCUUCGUUGGUGGUCUUCACAGGAUACCACUGUUAAACAGCAGCAGCAAAUGCAUUCAGAAGAUUGGGAAGGGUCUGGUGCAGGAGGCCAGCUGUCUAGAGGAACAUCGCUUUACACCCUUCAGCACAGAACAAGGAGGCGUCAUUACCACUGUCACUCAGAACCUCACCUUCACCAGACAGACAUUCUCGCAGGUCAAAAUGGGCUCCGUGCAUGGUCGGACGGACUUGCGCUAUGAUCAUCACAAUCACAUUCAUCUGGAGGGAAUGACGUCUGUUCGCGUGGAUGAUGCUCACCAGUGGAGGACUCACGCUACUCUUCUUCUAGAUCAGAUCGCUGACAAUAUGAAGAACGAGGGAGUGGCCACAAAUGCACCUCGGCUUUUCUUGGAUUUAGUACAAGUUCUGCGUCACCUCGACUUCCAUGAGCUGUGGGCCAUCACAGAACAACGAAAAUGGGGCCCCGAACGGUCAGUGUUCGAAGAUGCCUUGCCUAUGGUUGGUACUGGUGCCAGCGUGGGCGUCAUGAGGGACCUAAUGGUACAACAUCAAGUCAAUGAUAUCAUCACCAACACUUGGCUCACCUCUCUCUCCUUCAUACCCAGGCCAGACCUGGACACCAUAGUGGAAGCAGCACCCCUCCUGGAAUCUCGACCUGUUCCAGCAGACGCCUUCCUUGGUGUAAGCUCGCUAGUACACUCUUACUGCCGCGAUCAUCCCUCCUGCAGUGUAGACCCACCUGUUCGCCGCGUUAUGGAUGCACUGCAAGGAUUUGUAGCCUCUGGCUGCAGAGAGGAGACUUCUGAAGCCAAGAUCCAGGUUCUGAUGGCACUGAAGGGGAUCGGCAAUGCUGGCUUAGCCGUGACAGAGAGCAUUCCAGACAGUCUGGCCAAAUGUUUCUCUGACCCUGUCAACGAGAAUGAGAUCAGACUAGGUGCUAUUACUGCUUUCAGACGGUUCCCGUGCAGUGUGUCGAGACAGCCAUUGUUGACAGUGCUCAGGGACAUGGCAGAGGACUCUGAGAUCCGUAUAGCUGCCUACCUCGAACUAAUUAGCUGCUCUGACUUCCAGUUCAUAAAGCUUGUCAAACACAUGCUACUCUACGAGGAAGUUAACCAAGUUGGGUCUUUCGUGUGGACUCAUCUUCAGAAUCUGAAAGAGACAGGUUUGCCAUCCCGAGCGGAGGUUCAGGGGCUUCUCUCCAACCAAGAGAUCUCCUCCAAGUACACCACCAGCGUCAGGAGGCUCUCCAGGAACAUCGAAUGGUCAGGCUUCUACGACGACCUCAAUGUUGGAGGAGCAGCAGAUAUCAAUGUUGUGUUCUCCCAGAAGUCUUACAUCCCCCGCUCGGCAACCUUCAACUUUACCGCUGAUCUCUUCGGACACUCCCUCAAUCUUCUGGAGAUUGGAGCGCGGGUGGAAGGGUGGGACCGCUAUGCUGACAGUAUCUUCAAGACUAUGGCUUCUAGCCACGAUCCUCCCAGCAUCAACAAUCCUAAGGUUCUUGGACUCAUCGAACAGGCCGGCAAACAGUCCCAGUAUCUCGAGAAGGAUGCUGAGUUGUCUGUACACAUGAAGACUUUUGGCAGCGAAAUUUACUACCGUCAUCUUCACGGGAUGCCUAAGAUCAUGGAGGCUGUGAGCACUCUCAACCCCGCACACAGGAUCCGUCGACUUAAUCAGGGGGAGGCUAUCAACAUGCACAAGUCGUGGUUGGCAGCGGAGUCGGCGUUCAUAGUGCCUACCACGGCUGGGUUGCCACUGAAUCUAAGCCUCACUGCCAGCGUUGCCCUGGAUAUCCACGCCAGCGGCAACAUUGACAUCGCUUCCUUCUUCUCCACGGGUCGUGGAGGCAUCAGUGGAAAACUCAAGCCUAGUGUGGGAGUAGAGGUGGUGGGGUCGAUGCUUGUGGAUGGUCACGCUGCUCAAUCUGGAGCUCAACUGGUAGCAACAUUGCACUCUUCCACUGUUGUAGAUGGCAGAUUUGAAGUCAGUGGCUCUGAGAAUAUCUGGCUGGAUGUCAAGUUGCCCAGGGACAAGAUUGACAUCAUGAACAUGACGACGAGUUUGAUUCUGGUUCAUGGGUCAGCCGAGGCUGGGGUCGAGAGAUCUCGGGAGGUAGUGGAAGGUGUGACUAGCGAUCGUAUGGAAUUGGUUGGCUGCUCAGACUACGAACAACAAGUGGGUUCCAAACUCUGCUGGAACCUACAGUAUCCUAAUGCCUCGAGGGCGCCGCAGAGUCCCUUCUACCCGCUGACUGGACCCUCUCAGUUCCAGUUGGUCCUACACAAGACUGAUCCAUCCCUAACCACCUACCAGCUGAGAUAUACCUGGGAGAGACGCCCUGAUUAUCGAACAUUCCUGCUGUCAGUGAACACGCCAGGGACCACCACCCCUCGAGAACACAGCGUCAGAUACAACGUAAACUUCAGGUCGCAGAACAUCUACCUUGAUCUCCACUCGCCGAAAACAAACGUGUCAGCCAGAGGACGGUACAUAUGGACGAACAUCGACAAACGGGUGGAUCUGAAUCUUGCCAUCAACAACCACGACACUGCCACCUUGUCAACUGGCCUCUCUUCCUACAGCAAGUCUGGCAGAGACGUCUUCACCCCCAUCUUCACCCUCGCCUGGCUAGAGAAGGAUAUCCUUAAGGUCACAGGUGUAAUCGACCUGCGACAGAAGCAGGGAGCAAGGUUGUACGUGGUGGACAUGCAGGUCAACUACCAGGUGCCAGACGAGGGAGGGACAUGGCAAUCUGCCACAGGCACUAUCAAGGGUGACCUCAGUGACAAGGGCUUCGUGAGAGAAGCCAAACUGGACGUAGUCUACAGUCCCACGGUGGGAGCCGCGGAAGAGAAUAUAAGAAUAGACUACAGAGAGGCCAACUCCUCGACAGUGUCUGACAUCAAGUUUGAUCGAACCUGGCGCUGCUUCUUCUCCCAGUUCCCUAACCUCAAUGUCAAGGGCCAGUGGCUUCAUAGGCGUCAUUUUGGUUCAGUGGAGAACAAUUUGCAAAUUAACUUGGGUGAGAACUUCGAAGAUCCACAACAUCGUGUUGACAUUUUCCAGGCCUUCACAGUGUACCUGGCCGACCACAGCACCACCCUGAACUCCACCCUCAGUGUAAAGCACCAAAGAAGUAACCUGGACCUGAAGGUGGGAGGAGACUGGUUCUACGAUCACCACGUCCUCAACACUGGCUUCCUCGUGCAGUACGCUACAGACCGACAGGUGGAGUCACGCUUCCACAUGAAGAAGGAACGUUCAGUGUUCCUGGACACUUUGGGUUCCUGGUACUUAAAGGUCCCAGAUGUUGUCCACUGGGAGGUCAAGGGUCAUGUCAAAGAGAAGAGAGGCAAAAUAUAUACGUUCGAGGGAGAAGCCAAGUCAGGCAGUAACUGGCGUGUUGAGGUGGGUGGAGCAUAUGGUGACUUCUCAUCACGUCUUGAAGAAAUCCACAACUUGCUCCUGGACAUUACUCUCUCCCCCUACGGCCUCACCAGGAUCAAUGCCACUUUCCAUGCCAACGACCGACAGAUGAGCCUUGAGACUAAAGUGCUGACGAACGCUGGUCGAAACUAUCGUGUACGUGUGGAGUACGAGAGCGGUUUGGACCACCUUCAGGCACAGGGCCACAACCUUCACCUUGAAUUACACCUUCCCAACCAGCUCUACACCGUCAACACUGCUAUCACCUUCGGCUCUGUCAUUACCAUCACCAAUGAGCUUCAUCUGGACAGGAACCGAGACAUUCACAUGAGUCUAAUAGCGGACAUCUUGAGGCCCAGACGGAGAGGGUUCCAAGCACUCCUCAAGUGGGAUGCUAACAGGGAUCCUAACCAGAAGAUGUACUUGGAGGUGCUGUAUGAAACUCCCAGUGAUAAGGAGUCUUCCUUCACCAUGAAUGGCCUUCUCUUCUUCCUAGGACAACAGUACCGUGCUCACUGGAGAACCCAUGAACAGUUGGCGUAUGUGGAGCGAGACCUGGUGUGGGAACACAAGAAUGAGGGAAGCCUCAGCUGGAUGGAUACAAGUCGUUCAGUGCAGGCCAUUACCGGUAACAUGACUAUGCGCUUCAGGAGAGGCGAGACGGCUGAGCUUUACGGAAAGUUUGACCUCAUUACACCCUUCAUGCACUGGAAAAAGAACUACCUGGAAGUGAAGUAUUUCCGAAAUGCAGACCACAUCGAGAGUACCCUAGUGUCGCAGUGGCAUGAUGGAGAGUUCAUAGACUUGCAGCUUCUGGCACAGAAAAAGAUGGACAAUGCUAAUUUUAUGAUUGAGACCAAGCUAGAUGUAAGCUCCUCCUUCCAGGGCCUCGUCAGUGCCAGCACAGGAGUCAAGCUGGAGAAGAAACCCAACAUUAUAGACACUAACUUCUAUAUCCAGUGGGACACUGACCGCUUGGAGAUUUCCUUAGAGGGAAAGGAUGAUAGUUUAUAUGACGAGUUACGGUACUCUGUCUUCGGUCAAAUACUGACCACCAUCCAGGGCUACCGUGAGAUGACCUCAGCUGUCGACCUGAUUCUCAGGUCCUCCGCUAUUGACCUUAAGGCUACCACUAAGUGGGAGGGGCACAGCUACGAGGUUAAUUUCAAUGGUGAUGUGUAUACUGGGAUGGAGUACCUGCGCAGUUCCCUGGUGGUUAACUCCUUAGAAGAAGAUGUCAUCACUGCUACCAUCCUCCUGUACCUAGACCCUCAAGCUAUGGAAGACAAGCUCUCGAUCAAGGCAAAAUAUUUUGAGCACGAGUUGCGUGUUGAUGGUCAGCUGGCUACAUACUCGCAGCACUUCAAGGCUGGCAUCCAGAUUGACUCCACGUGGGAGAGGCUUGCUCACGCUGUCAUCAUCUUGGGUCACUCUAAAGACGAUAUCAUUAAGAGUGAAGCCAGGGCGCAGUGGAAUGACGAUGUUGUGGGAUUUGUGCUCCUGGGCCAGGUGAAAUCACUGUCGGAUUUCCUCGUGAGCUGUACGAUCCUCACUCCUUUCUCAGGCUACAAGAUCAUAACUGCAGAGCUAAGGAACUUGUUCCGUCUUCACCCUGAAGUUCGUGUCCACUCCAGGAUUUUUGGACAGCUGGGAGAGCGAAAGUACGGUCUAGGCGCACGGUACGAGCAUGGCCAGUUGCCACGACUCCGGGUAUCACUGGAGCUAUACACACCUCUCCCAGAGCUGCACACUAUCUUCCUCGACCUGUGUAACAACUCCACCCUGGACGACAUCAAGUACGACCUUGUCAUGCAGUACGGACCUACGGAGAAUUUAAAGCUCAGCCUUGAACUGCAGAAGAGUGAUAAUGGGGUGGAGGGCAGAGCCAUCGCAGUACUCCCUCUGAAGUCCUUGGACGAGUACCUGAACGAUGCCAGUGUGGAGGCUUCAGGUAGUUUCUUCUGGGAGCCUGAAGCUAAACUCGACAUCACCAUAUCGUCUGAAGCCUCAUCGCUCCCUGCCAAGCUUGUGGUAAAAGGAAAUUUUCCCACGAAGGAGCAAGGAGAGCUUCAGCUGAUGUUGACAACUCCAGUGGAGGGCUACGAGACACUUGACAUAGUGUGUGAGUACCACCUGCCUGAAGACUACCAAGCAGGCCACUUCCGUAGCAGGCUCAGCACCCUGACGGGUCGGGUUUUCCAACUGGCUGUCACUGGUACUAAGAAAGAUCUUUCCGGCUCCUUCGCCUCACCUUUUGAACCUUUCAGAAACGGGACCUUCAUGUGGAAACUAACAGCAUUAGAUGUCCUCAAGUCCCAUCUGGUGACUAAGUUGGGCUGGGAAAGAGGUGACAUCAAACUUGAUGCAACCAUUAAGUUCCAGCAGAACUUUAUCAGAGAGCUGGAUGGUGUCUUAGAGACGCCUUGGGAGGAUCUGAAACGUUCAAGUCUCCGUCUGGAAGGUACUCCACAGGAGGGAGGCUACAGAAAUCGUCUGGUGCUGGAGGGAGCAGGGAAGACCUACAAAGGUGACCUCCUCUGGAAGUACAGAGAUGAGGAUGACUGGGAAGUCGACAUCCAGAUAGCGCGGGAAAGCCAGGGAAGAUACACAGUACAUGUUGGUCUUGCUAACACUGACCCUCAGCCCUUCAAGGUGGCCCUGUAUCUCAAUACACCUCACCAGGGCUUCAAGGAUGUUAAAUUGGAUCUUGUCGUAAGACGAUCAGCUCCGUACCAAGUGAAGAUUGACUGGGGAACCCCUAUUGGCUCCGGAAAUUUGGAGAUCAACUUCAGUAGCUUCUCCUUCAGCAAGGUGGAAGGCAGCAUCUCCCUGAAGGUGUCGCAGGAACAGGAAGCAGACAGGUCCUACGUGAUGGAACUAAGCCUUACCAAUGACUCUACACAGGACACUAUAGACGUGAUUGGUAGUGUCGACUUCAAGAGCAACUAUGGUUACUGGGACCACCUGGUGGUGAAGGGCAAGGUGAAACAAGUGACUGUGGAGCCAGGGGAGCUGAGUGUGUACCUCCAGUGGCCCCGUCUCGACCCCAUCACCUUCAAGGCGAUCGCUGAACAUCAAAAUAACUUUCAGGUCAUCAAACCUACCGUCACCCUUGACCUGACCAGGUCACGUUAUAGCUUCGCAGGGGAGAUGCGCCAGGAGGGACGGCAGCUGAAUCUGACAGGUACACUAGAUUGGGAACGGGGCUCCUCAGGGCCCCAACAGGUGGUCCUGCACUCCAGCCUGGUCUUCAACAAGGGUUCCGUCGAUGGCCACCUCACCUUCGACCUGCCGAUGGUACAAGGCUGGUACAACAACAAGGCUGACAUCCACUAUGAGACGCGCCAAGAGAGGCACUGGUUUAAGUCAACAAUCGUGACGGGGUCGGAUGUGACGACUGUAACUGGCAACAUUCUAGCUGAAGAGUUUCCUGCAGGGGAUGGAACCAUCACUGUUAGCUCAACCCUCGUCUGGGACAAACAACCCAUCACUCUCAAUUUUAAGCAGGAGCUGACUGAGGAAGGAUACGAGGGUAACUACAACCUUGAGUGGCCUCACAGGUACAACUCUACCUCACCCUGGGAACGUAAGCCUCUCCAUGCUUCCCUCAAGCACCUCUUCCUACCAGCAGGUCACCGCGGCACACUACAGAUCACCGCUGGCUUCACCAAAAACAAACCUGUCCAGUUUGAAUAUGGUUUCAAGUUCCCUGUGACGGGAGACAUGGCAGUGGAGCUGGGCGCUGCCUAUAGUCCCUUCACGCUGAACGUCAAGGUGGAGCGAGUCACUGUCGUUCUUGGUGAGGGUAUUGUAAAGCAACGCACCUCCCUGGAGUUCUACAAUGACCUUUGGCCUUUCGGUCUGUCCUCGACUAAGGAAACCAGGCACAAGUCCGAUACAGAACUAGAGAUAGUGACAACGCUGGAGCUGUACGAUCUGAAUGACGUGUUGCGUCGCAUCACCGUCAUCGUUGGGCAAAAUACUGCGCAGUCUGGCAGGCAGUUCACCAUUAGAGGAAGACUGCUGAACCGAGAGGUGCUGCUAGCCAUGCGUUAUGUCAUCACACAGAACAACUUUCAUACCGGCUUUCUUCUUUCCUGGUCUGAAGAAGGCAAGAUAGAGUUCGAAAUUGACUGGAAGGACAUCUCUAAGGGGUUUACCAAGGAACACACACUGAAGGGAAAGUUCUCUCAGCCUUACCACACAGUAAUGCUAGAUGGGUACUACAAACAUUCCUCUAAGGACAUCAAUGCCUUUAUCACCUUCAACUGGGACGUUGAUGAUGAUCCCAGUGAGGACGAGGCUGUCACUGGUCGGCUAAUGUGGAAGGAUGACAGCAAUGAUAUGGGACGCGUCUACAGGGCACUGGUCAGCCUCACUCACCCUCUACUCGAAAAGGUCAGUGCCACUUCUGUUAAGUUCACUCAUUUGCUGGCCUCCUUGUUUAUGCAAAGACUCUUUUUGGGGGGAGUUGAGUACCUUACACAGGUGGAAACUUGGAGAAAGCUGGUGGACAUCCAAGUGGAAGUGGAACAGGACAGUCAGGGUGGGUGGACCAUGGUGACCAGUAGUGCACCAGGUCAGGUACCUCGCAGGACCAGUGUCCAGGUACACCCGGGACAUCCCAUCCUGACCAUCACCUUCGACAACCUCCUUUCCAAUGACACCACCUUCGACACCUCAUUUCCCAGGUACAUUGCUGAACAAGUUGUGAUAGAAGGAGGUAUAGAAGACCACCGCAAUGCACGCUUCUCCAUGAAGCACCUACGCCCAGCUUGGCUCAACGGGGAGAACGGACAGAUCUCUCAGGGAGGAGAUGAGCGGAUCUCUCAAUGGGUCUCUGAUGCUCAAUUCUUCUUCCGCCUUAACCACUCAAGACUCAUCACCUCCCGCCUCACCUGGAGACCAGACAUCAAAUACGAGAUGAUGAAUGAGAUUGGUGAGAUAAUUGGUGCAUCGCAUGACCUGCGUCAGAGCCUGGAGGAGUGGACGAGGCGCUCCAUGGAGGAGGCUGCUGACGAGGUUCUGGCUCGCUCACAACCCAUCCUGAAAGACUUGAUCAGCGUCGCCAAGCCUCUUCUCCUAGACUUCAGGAACGAGUCUCAGGAGUUCAAAGAUGAUCUCUGGCUCCUCUACAAUAACAUAAAUUCGACAGCGGUGGAGAUGCAGGUCCUGGAGUCUGUCAAGUUCGUCAUAAACAGCAUCAUGGAGACCCUGGAGAAGAUUCCCUCCUACAGGAGACUGAAGGUUCAAAUGGAGGGAGGAGCUGGGAGUGGCAGCCUCAAGACUAUGAUACAGAAAAUACAUACAAUUUAUCUGUAUCUCACCUCAGACCCGACUGGUCCUGGACUGAAGGAGAGGAUCAGGUGGUUACUGUCUAUCUUUGCUGAGAUGCAUGAUCAGAUGGCUAAGAGAUUUUACCUGCGAGCGAGCGAGGCUGUGCAGGGCUUCACGGACCGUGUGGGGGAGUGGCUGAGACGCAAGUGGAGAGCCGUUUAUGAAAACUACAAACCUCACAUCCUCAGGACCUUCGACGACGUAGAAACCAAUGCUUGGAUCUUCGCUGAGAACCUCAUUGAGUGGCUGCAGAAGCUGGGCUUGGAGAUAAAAUCUUCAUCCGCCUACCGCCGUAUCCAGGAGAUGAUCGACUACCUGGAGGACAUCUACAGAGAUUUCACCGAGAACUCUAAGAGGGAGAACCUGGAGAAGUACUACAAUAUGAUAGUUGAAACACUGAAGAAUGGUGUUAAAGUCCUCAUGAUGAGAGUGGCACCUUUCGCCGAGGACUGGCUGGGAGAACUGCAGAAAGCCUGGGAGAAGCUGCUGCAGUUCCGUCCUAUCAAGGAACUCCAAGUGACUGUUCUUGCUGCUCUAGACAAAGCUGUGUGGACUGUGAGGUAUGUGGACAUCCGUGGACACAUGAUGGACGCCAUGGUCUUCCUUCUGGAGCACGGAUACACCAUCUUCUCCCAGACCAGCGUCCAGGCCUCACAGAAGCACAUCUUAGCCAAGACUAAGUUUAAGUUUAGCCCAGAUGAAGGGACGAUGGAACUAGUACAAAAGUUACCCCUUGACUGGCAAUCCUUCGACCACAAACCCAGCUGGAAGGACCUUCCGGAGUACAAGAACAUUCAGUGGAUGAGAGAGACUUUCUUCUCCUCUGUAAACUACACCUUUCAUGAGAUCUGGUACAAGUACGUCAACCUCAACCUCGACCUGAAACCUUUGUCUUGGAUCCUUCCCAACCCUGCGACGGGGUACAUGAUCGGAGAGCAACACUUCAUGACCUUCGAUGGCCGGCACUUGGAGUUUAAGGGACGGUGCCAACACCUGCUUGCAGCUGACAUGGUGAACGCUAGGUGGGCAGUGGCAGUCAACUAUCAUAGUCACUCCUCCCGCACUAUCAUCAUCUACAUAGACAACAGCGAGAUAGAACUAGCCACCGACUUCAGGGUGACAAUCAACAGGAAGCCUACAGAACUCCCUGCUGGGCUUCAGUCAGCAUCCGUCCACAGAUGGCUGAACAAGAUUCACGUCUACACUAACUAUGAAUUCUCAGUAUCCUGGAACCUGGCCCAUGAUGUCGUGGCAGUAUCCGUUUAUGGUUAUUACUUUAACAAGACAGGUGGCUUGCUGGGUGUAUACGACAAUGAACCAUACGAUGACUUCCAGCUUCCUAACGGGACUCCUACUGAUGUGGUGAGUGUGCUGGCUGAGGGUUGGGAUGUGAGCCGUAGACAGUGCCAGACCAGUGGUAACAUCGCCAGAGGUCGCUCCAAGAUACCAGUUGAGGUCUGCACUUACCUCUUUGAAGCCAACAAUUCUCCUUUCAAGCACUGCUUCUUCCAGGUGAAUCCAACACCCUACCUAAACAUGUGCCUGGUGGACUAUAGAAGUCAAGAACGGGACUCUUGUACAGCAGCCACAGCCUAUACUGAAGCCUGUUCCUCCAAGCACAUCCCUGUCAAGAUCCCUGUCUUCUGUGUCCAGUGUGAGUACAUGACUAAUGACGGAGAGAUGAAAGCUCUGGAGGAGGGCACCUCUAUCAUGCUGGAGAAAGAAGAGAUUCUAAAGUCCACAGACGUCGUCUUCCUGGUGGAGGCUAGAGCCUGUAAUAAGGUCCUGGCAGAGAAGAAGCCACUCAAUCGCUUCGACACCUUCAUCAGUGUCAUGAACGAGGAACUGGAGGCAAAUGGUUUACGUCUUGUGAGGUACGCUGUGGUGGUGUACGGCUCUGAAGAUGGCAUGUUUAAGCAGCCGACUGUGUCGACCAUUGACAAUCAGAUCUUCACAGAUGCUGUCAACAUCCACAAAGCCCUCGAUCAUGUUGUCUUCUCAAACACGACAGAUGCAGAGUAUGGCUACCUAUCCUCUGAUGCCUUUGACGCUUUUACUGUGGCUGCCAAACUCAACUUCAGGGCUGGCGUGAGCAUUACCUUCGUCCACUUCCCCUGCGAGUCUUGCAAGCCAGCCAUUCCCUCCAUGGACUACAGCACUAUGUACCAUAUCUUGCUAGAGUAUUCUAUCACUCUGCACGUCUUCAACCAGGACCUCUUCGACAUACCCAAGGAAAAAGAGAGGAAGAAAAUACUGGGUAUUGAUAGUGACAAUGCCUACACUCUUAAAGAUGCCAAGAACCGUGGCAGAGCUGCUACCCUCAAGGGCGACCCAGCCAUCAGAAGUCAAGUAUUUAUUCCCAAGGAUAAGCUUGGCUACUGUGCCCCUCUCGCCCUGGAGACUAAUGGCACCAUCUUCACGCUCCUGCCCUUCCAAACACCAGCCCAACGAACAUCAGGAAAGGAGAAGAAGAAGAUCAUCAAAAUGGGCAUAGUGUUUGGGAGGAGGGUAGCACUGACGGCCCUUCCUCAGGAGAGGAAGAGAUGCGUGUGUGUCCCUAGCACUCCUGACGGGGCGGCCAGUGUCCACUGUGACAUCUGGAACAACGGACACAUUUCGCUCCUUGAACAGUACGCUGACGAGGAGCUACCGACCCACUACGAGACCAACAGCGGAGAAGAGGGUUCUUGUGUUCGUCGAGAACCAAUGGGGAAGUGUGUCGAGUGGCUCAAGUUCUAGCAAGCUUGUGCGUAUGUAUACUCGCCCGUGCCUGUGCUCCUGGUCCCGUGUACACGUGUUUUUUUCAAACGCAUCUUGGCCAAGAUAUCAGUUCAUCCAACGAGCGACCGGGUUCUGGAAUGUAUGCGAGAGCUUAGUGGAGCAUAAGUAAGCAGCAUGUAUCUGCAUCACGAUUAGCAGGUGGAGGAUCAAGCGUACACCUGAAUCAUGAUGAUAGUCACUCAUUACAAAAAAAAUUUAGAAAUUCAAGAAGCUUUUAAGACUAGAGAAACUUCUGAAAGUUAGAGACAUGCAACUAAAGGGCUAGAAAGUGUUAGGUAAAAAGAUGCGUGAGCAUCUAGUGAAAGUUUGGUUGGGGUAAGCUUCCCUAGUACAGAAACUUGAGACUGCAGAGGCAGUAUGCCCUUAAAAAAAAUUAUACCUCGUUUAGUCGUUAGCAACUAAUGUCAUUUUUGUGUAUCAGUGGUGUUCAGUACCGACAGGAUGAUUAAUGUGAAAUGAAUGCAAAAUCUGUUAAUCUUUAUUUGUAGACGUGUUGCCAUCCAGUGGUUUUAUCAGUACAAAAUAUGGACAUUAUAGGAAUCUAUAAGCAGAUAGUGGUAAAUGAGGUCAUCAGUCCCACAACCCAGGAGGGGGUGAUGAGUACCAUACUCUGGAAAGAAUCUGAAG